AUGUGGCGCAUCCUGCUUCCUGCUCUGCUUGCGGCAGCCUAUGCCUCGCCAGAGGCUUUGGUGGCGGACGACGAAGCGAAUGCAUUGGGCCUCUUGCAGCACAAGGGCGAGAAGACGGCCACGGAGAUGAUGAGUGCGGAGCUGGCCGUGAACAUGUCCCAGCCAGGACUCGCUUUUCUGGAGGACGGCGAGGCUCGCUUCAGGUGCGGCGUCAUCUACUGCGCGGACGCUCACGGGAACUUCUGCUGCCGCCAGAGCCUGGGUGCUGUGUGCUGCGGACCAGGCGCCCGCUGCAAGAGCGGCGGCGGCCUGGCCAUGCUGAACAACUCCGACUUUGCCGAGAAGAUUGUGGAGUGGGGACAGGUGGGCGAGAAAUCGACCUACGCCUCUCUGAGCUUUGCAAAGGGCCCGGGCUUGGGAGUGCUCAAGGUCAACAACAAAUCCUUCCUGUGGGUGUUUGCGUGUGACCGGGAGGGCCAGCGCCGCACGGAAGGAGGCGACCAAGUGGUGGCCACACUCUCGCAUCCCGAGGAGUUCCAGGAUGUGGAGGUGGAGGAUUUGCAGGACGGAAGGUACAAAGUGACCUUCCUGCCGCUCACGCCUGGAAGCUACAGCUUGCAAGUCUCCAUCGGCCCUGAGGGUGCCAGCGAGGAUCUGAACGGAUGCCCCUUCCAGCUGGAGGUGCGGCCUCCGACGGUGUACCACACCAUUGGCGUGGAGGCGGACGCAGAGGGCAAAUCUCAGCUAGGCAGCCCCGGGGAGCCCCAUGUGCCGGACCGGAUGGGGUGUGUGCAUCACCCGAGCGGAGUUGCGUUCGACCACACUGGCAGAUAUCUCUUCAUCGUGGACCAGAGCAAUCACCGGGUGCAAGUCUUUGACUCCCAGACGCAGGAGGUCUUAGGGGCUUACGGCUCAAAGGGCCUCGGGCUCACGAACUUCGAUACGCCAUGUGGUAUCGUGGCGGAUCGGGAGAACAAGGUGAUAGUCUCCGACCUGCUGAACCACCGGCUGCAGAUCUUGGAGUUCCACCCCAGGAGCCAGGAACUCGUGUUUCUCCGGACGGUGGGCCACGAAGGAAGUGGCCUGGGGCAAUUCUCCUUCCCCAAGGGCCUCGGGCUGACCGAAAACGGCUGCCUCUUGGUGUGCGACUCUGCCAACCACCGCGUGCAGGUGCUGGACAUGGAGGGCUUCAAGCCGAUCCGGGAGUUUGGCUCUUUCGGGUCUGGAGAUGGGCAGUUCGAUUCACCUUUGGCCGCCACCAUCUCAUGCACCGGGGACAUCCUGAUUUCGGAUGGGAACAACCGCGUCCAGGUCUUUGAUGCCAAGGGCACCUUCUUGCGGUCCUUCGGCGUGCGCGGGAAGAAGGACGGCUUCUUCCACUACCCUGUGGGCAUUGCGGUGAAUGAC